CUUUCGGUGUUAAAUGCACCACUUCGCAGCAGAUGUGGAAUAUUCCCUGAGACAGGCUGUUUGAAAGAAAAUAACUUUCCCAAAGAGCUUUUUGAGAAGAGAUGAAGAUCACGGACGUUAAACUGAUCACACAUGGUGUCUUCUUAAUUCUGCUGGCCAUUACUGUAAAGGCUCAAGUUAACCCAGAAAUCUGUCGCUAUCCUCUGGGUAUGACUGGCGGGCAAAUCCAGGAUGAAGACAUCUCUGCUUCCAGUCAGUGGUCUGAGUCCACUGCUGCACGAUUUGGAAGGCUUGACUUUGAUAACGGAGAUGGUGACGGGGCCUGGUGUCCUGACAUCAUGUCCGAGCCGGCUGGCCUCAAAGAGUACCUCCAGGUGGACCUGCGUUCGCUCCACUUCAUCACACUGGUGGGCACCCAAGGUCGCCAUGCUGACGGCAUUGGUAAUGAGUUUGCCCAGAGAUACAAGAUCAAGUACAGCCGUGAUGGCAAUAACUGGGUGGGCUGGCAUGACAGAAAAGGAAAGCAGAUCAUCGAGGGCAACAAGAAUCCAUACGAUGCUGUCCUGAAGGAUCUGGAGCCUCCCAUCAUCGCUCGUUUUGUUCGCUUCAUGCCCGUCACGGACCACUCCAUGAUUGUGUGUAUGAGAGUGGAGCUCUACGGCUGUGAAUGGCUGGAUGGCCUGAUGUCUUAUAGCAUUCCAGAGGGACACCAAAUGAUCUACAGAGGCCUGGAUGUCUUCUUUAAUGACUCUGUGUAUGAUGGAGCAUCAGCUGAAAGCCGACUGACGAAAGGCCUCGGCCAGCUAACAGAUGGCACCUGGGGUCUGGAUGAUUUCCUGCACAGUCACACCUACGGCAUGUGGCCCGGAUAUGACUAUGUGGGAUGGAGCAACAAAAGUUUCCCAAAAGGUUACGUGGAGAUGAUCUUUGAUUUUGACCACGUCCGAAACUUCACUUCUAUGAAGGUUCACUGCAGUAACAUGUUCAGCCGCGGAGUGAAAGUGUUCAGACAAGUCACUUGCUUCUUCCGGUCUGGAUCACAGUGGGAGGAUGACCCGGUGACUUUCAAGCCCACUGUUGACCACAUGAGCCAAAGUGCCCUUUUUGUCAGCGUGCCCCUCGGGGACCGCACAGCCAGGAUCAUAAAGUGUCGUUUCCACUUCAGUGACACGUGGAUGCUGUUCAGUGAGGUGGCCUUUCAGUCAGGCUCUGCCGUGUACAAUACCUCGUUGACUCCUCACAAACAUGGACAUCCAGCAAACACACUACCAGGGGAUGAUCCCACUCACAAGGUGGAUGACAGCAACACAAGGAUCCUAAUUGGCUGCCUGGUGGCCAUCAUAGCCAUCCUAUUGGCUAUCAUAGUCAUCAUACUGUGGCGGCAGGUCUGGCAGAAGAUGCUUGAGAAGGCAUCCCGCCGGUUGUUAGACGACGAGCUCACUGCUCGUCUUGCCAUCCAGACCAGAGCCUUCUCCUUCCACCACUCCUCUCUGUCCAGCGAGGACGGCUCCACUUCCAACUCCACCUAUGAGAGAAUCUACCCCCUCUGCGCCGACUACCAGGAGCCUUCCCGACUCAUCCGGAAACUGCCCGAGUUCGCUCAGUCCUCUGAACAUCUCGAGUCGAGCACCUCGUGCAGAGCGCUCGCAGCUGGUUCAGACAGCGCUCCCCACUAUGCAGAGGCAGAUAUCAUCAGUCUGCAGGAGUCCUCCAACAGCAGCACGUGCUCCAUCCCAGCAGUCAACAUCAGUCUGUUUGCCGGCACUGAUUCAUCCAUGAGGGAGUUUCCCAGAGAGAAGCUUGUCUACAAGGAGAAACUGGGAGAGGGCCAGUUCGGAGAAGUGCACUUGUGUGAGGCAAAGGGCAUGCAGGACUUUUUGGAUGAGGAUUUGUCGGUGGAGGGAAACAGUGAGUCACCUCUGCUUGUUGCUGUUAAAACACUGCGGGAAGAUGCAAACAAGAAUGCAAGGAACGACUUCCUGAAGGAGAUCCGCAUCAUGUCUCGUCUGCGGGACCCCAACAUUGUCCGCUUGCUGGCGGUGUGCAUGGACACGGACCCGCUGUGCAUGAUCACAGAGUACAUGGAAAAUGGAGACCUGAAUCAGUUCCUGUGCAACCUCAGACUGAAGGCGACUUCUGACGGACACACGGCAGAAGAAGAAGAAAAGGAAUUGGUCAGUUACGCUAAACUGACUGGCAUGGCGGUGCAGAUUGCAUCUGGUAUGAAGUACUUGUCCUCGCUUAAUUUCGUCCACCGAGAUCUGGCAACUCGUAACUGCCUGGUGGGGAAGAACUGCACUAUAAAGAUCGCUGAUUUUGGCAUGAGUCGAAACCUGUACAGAGGGGACUACUACCGCAUCCAGGGCCGGGCAGUCCUGCCCAUUCGGUGGAUGUCAUGGGAGAGCAUCCUCCUAGGUAAGUUUACCAUGGCCAGUGAUGUGUGGGCGUUUGGAGUGACUCUGUGGGAAGUCCUGACUCUGUGUAAGGAGCAGCCCUACUCCCAGCUUUCUGACGAGCAGGUCAUCGAAAACACAGGCGAGUUCUUCAGAGACCAGGGCAAGCAGGUGUACCUGCCACAGCCUCCACGUUGUCCUGACAGAGUCUACAAUGACCUCAUGCUAAGCUGUUGGAGGAGAAACGCCAAACAGAGACCGAGUUUUGAGGAUAUACACACUCAGCUGAUGGAGAGUGUGGCGUAACUUCUCUUGACCAUUAACUGUCUCAAUAUUCCUUAAAUGUUGAUUCAUUGUGAAUUAAUUUGGAGUCGGAGGCAACACCAUUAGUCAUUCAUAUGACACUGUAAAUAUUGAAAUAUAAAAUAAAUACUUAAUACACUUGAACAAAGCCCUAUAUUGUAGAUAUCAUGCACUUAGCACUCACCUCUGUGUAUUUAAUAUUUAUAAAGUGCUUUAUGAUAUUCCCUGGUAAACACCAUUGUGAAUAUUUUGUUUUUUACCAUUUCUCUACAUGCAUGUAUUGUAUUGCACUUCCAAUAGAGAAUAUCAGAGCUUAUGUGUGACUUUAAAAAACAAAACAUUACUAUUUAUGCUUGUAUUUUUAAACAUAUAAACGUGGCAUGAUAAUGAUUUCUGUUAUGGAUGAGAAUGUUCUUUUUGGGGGUUUUUUUUGUUUGUUUUUUUAUUACUAUGCAAAACGCUUCCUUUGUUUUAUGAACAUGUUUUUGUACUAUUACAGAAAUGCAUUCACUGCAUAUCCAACUUCACGUCCUAAUAAGCUGAGAAAAUGUGUAAAACAUAAAUAAAACUAAAAUGCAAUGAUU